AUGAAGUACUUUUUGUUGUUUUCAACUUUUGGCCUUGUGGCCAUUUCGGGUGCUUUUGCACGUGAUUGUGCACACCGAAACUACGGCCAUGGGUCAACUGUUUGCGUUUGUAAUGCUACCUACUGUGAUGAUAUUGCGCCCCUUGUCAAGACCGCUAACGGAAUAGCCACCUCAAUUGUAACCAGUGUUGAUGGAGAUCGAUUUGCUCGCAAGCAACUUCACUUCUCAAAAACUAAGCCCACUCAUGUGGCGCCAACAGUGACAGUGACGAUUGACCCGCACACUAAAUACCAAGUAAUCAAAGGAUUUGGAGGUGCAAUCACUGAUGCAGCUGGCAUAAAUAUUGCCCAUUUGCCCAAAGAUAUGCAGACCCGAUUGAUCCACGAUUAUUAUGGCAAAGAAGGCAUUGAGUACAGUCUGGGCAGAGUUCCUAUUGGUGGAAGUGACUUUAGCACAAGACCCUACUCUUAUGAUGAUCAUGCAAAUGAUGAGUCUCUAUCCAAGUUUGCAUUGGAACCGGAAGACUUAAAGUAUAAAAUUCCUUACAUGAAAUUGGCUCAAGAAGUGAGCCCACAUAAAAUCUAUUGGUUUGGUUCUCCAUGGUCAAGCCCCGCAUGGAUGAAGACCAAUGAUCAAAUUAAUCACGGUGGUCUGUUGAAG